UUAGUUGACCUAGUCCCUCGGUCGAAGGCAGCAUCGCUAAGAUUUGUAAUUUUAUUUUUUCUUUCAAUUCUAUUUGGAUCCUGGUUGGAUUUGGGUGUGUCCUCAACGAUGUCCCGGCAUUCGUUCAACGACAAUCGAUUGCGCCUCAAAGAAGGGUACGUAUGUCAGCCAAUAAACAGUAUUGAGGAUCUACUGAAGUUCGAGAAGAAUCCCGUCAGUUGGCGAAAUCUAGUGCUGCCGAUUACGCCACGAUCCAGGUCGCGAUAUCUCGGCGAGCGUUACCAGGAGAUUGAUUUCAACGCGGGAAUCAUUGACUUCGUUGAUGAUUUCCGAAGACCGCAGGUCCUGUUGUGCCAUGAUUUCAAGGGUAACUACCUAACCGAUCGGUACAUCAACGGAACGACGGGAGAAGAAUGGGUUGACUAUCGGUUCUACAAUUGGGCAGCGGUGGAUAUCUUUUGCUAUUUCAGUCAUAAUUUCGUGACCAUUCCGACGCUGCAGUGGUUGAAUUGUGCCCACAAAAAUGGAGUCAAGGUGAUCGGAACCUUCAUCAUCGAGGGAGGGAACGUGACGUUGCUGAAAAAGAUUUUGCAGUCGAAAGAAAUGCUGCAGACGGUUGCGGAUGCGUUGGUGAUCGUAUCAAGGACAUGUCAGUUUCAUGGUUGGCUACUGAACAUCGAGUGCACGUUGGACGAAAGCGAAGUUCCGCUGUUGAAAGACUUCGUUGCUUAUCUUACUAAGAAGUCACACGAGCAGAUUCCCGGUAGUAAGAUUAUUUGGUACGAUGCGAUCACGGAAAAGGGUUUGCUCAGUUGGCAAAACGAACUCAACAGUCAGAAUCAGGGUUUUUUCGCGGCAUGUGAUGGCAUCUUCUUGAACUACACCUGGUCGAAGCAGCACCUGGAACGAUCGGAGAACUUCAUACGGAACUAUUAUCCGGAGAGAAAACUGGACGUUUACGUCGGAAUUGAUGUGUUUGGGCGGGGACAGAAAGCGAAGCUGGACACUCAUUCGACGUUGGCUACGAUUAUGGCAUUCAAAUUUUCCGUGGCGAUUUUUGCUCCCGGCUGGACAUUCGAGUCGCUGGAAGAAUCGAUGCGACGAGAUCAGCUCGAUCAGGAUAGCAGCAACGUUCGGUUUCUGAAGCUGAACGAUCGCUUCUGGAACAUGCUGUGGAGGUACUUUUUCGUGCGUGGUCCUCGUGAGCUACCGUUCUACACUUCGUUCUGUCUUGGUUCCGGGAAGAUACGGAACCGGUUGGGUAAACAGCAGACGCAAUCGUGGUUCAACCUGUCCCGACAGGGUUUUCAACCGAGCAUUCCUUACACACCACCGAAAGAGUACGAACAGGAUCAGGUCGGUCCGGUCUACUGGACGCACAGUUUCGAUAACGCCCUGGAUGGAGGAUCUUGCGUCAAAGUGGAAGAAAUCUUUCCGAACAGUCGGCUGUUUGCGUGCGAUUUUCCAUGUGCAUCCGAUUUGAUAGUGGCAUAUGCAUUCCAGCGCAGCAGUGAACUCAGUGCGGAUGUGAAUUUAUUACUGAAAGCCUACAACAUUCGGUAUCACGAUUCGUUGAAGGUCGUUUGUGGUGCCGAAGAUUGUCAUAUAAGCGGGCGGAGCAACGAAAUGAAGGCUGUUCCGCUGGAUAGCGAAGACUGUCGGAUGCUACUGGAGCUGAAGGCCAACGUGAAGCUACCGGUGAUGGCCAGUAUCAACGGAUGGGAGAUAAGGUACUACUACCUCUCGUUUGAGGUCAUCCGUCAGCCGAUGUCGAUCGUGGACAUUGGCAUUGAGAUGCGGAAAGAUAACCCGACGGACUACGUUCUGCUUGGAGCACUUUUGGUACAGGUCGGCUUUCCGGCUAGCCGUGAUCGCAUAAAGAACCGAACGGUCAUCGAGUUCGGCGUGUAAACAUAGCAUGGCUUUAUUGCAGUUCUUCGUUAAUGAUGUGAAAGGCGGCCGGGAGGGUGCAGCAGUAUAUAGUGCAAAUCGCACCGGAGGACGCCCGGACUAUUCCGGAAGGUCAACUGGAAGCAGGUUAGUGUCUGUAUAUUUCUUACGCUAUGAAAUGCGAUCAUAUUUCUUCGGUGAUCAUUUUAUUUGUGCCGAUUAAUUAAACUUGUAUUAUGAUUUAAA